AUGAAAAUGGGUUGCCAUAUUAAAUUAUCAAUCUUCGCCUUUGUAACUGCAAUAAUUGCUACAAGUUAUGCUCUUACCAAGCGUAAUAUUAUCUUGCAGAAUCAUAUUGAUUCACUUCAAUUAGAACUGCGAUCAGCAUCACCAGAUGCCAUUCUGUUUUGGAACCAAGUCAUGCUGCAAGCCUGUGCAAAUGAUUAUGAUAAAAUUGUAGCUUUCCGACCUGAUCAAGAAGGACCAGCAGCAACUGCACGUGUCUUUGCUAUCAUUCAUGGUGCUAUGUAUGAAGCAAUGAACAAUUUCGAUCGGAUUUAUCAACAUGUUACGGAAGGAAGUCGAUCUUCAACCAAUGAUUCAAUCGACAAACAGAAUGGAAUGAUUGCAUCUAUAAUAGAAGCUGCCUAUCAAACAUUGUCAUUCUUAUAUCCACAACAACGUCCUUUAUUCGAUGCAAUCUAUCGUGCUCAUUUGUACAGAAUAAGAAAUGAAACUAGUUCACAAAAUGAUAUAAACAUUGGUCUUAGUAUUGGCCAAUUAACCAGUUCUUAUAUGAUCGAAAAUCGAAAAUUCGAUGGUAGUUCUGACAACGCUGUAUAUUUUCCUAGCAUGAAGCCUGGCUAUCAUAAAGCCGAUCCGCUUCAUACAGGACAAGGUUUUCUAGGUGUUCAUUGGGGACAAGUAAAACCAUUUUUCCUGAAUUCUGCAUCACAAUAUCGUCCUCUGGACAUUUUCCAGGAUAUGUAUUCAUCUCGUACAUCUUAUUUGAAUUCGGAUUCUUACAAACGUGAGUUGAAUGAUGUGAAAAUCUACGGGUCAAAAAAUAGUACGUAUCGUACCGAUGAUCAAACUCAAAUCGGUAUUGCUUGGGCUUAUGAUGGAGCACCAAAAUUGGGUACACCUCCACGUCUCUAUAAUCAAAUUGUUCGAAUAAUUGCUAUUCAACAAGGCAAUACACUUGAGCAGAAUGCUCGGUUAUUUGCCCUUGUCAAUUAUGCUAUGUGUGACACAGGAAUAGCUGCAUGGGAAGCAAAGUAUCAUUAUGCUUUUUGGCGUCCGAUUGUCGGUAUUCGUGAAGCAUCGAAUGUAAAAGAUGCUGAUCUCAAAUGGACUCCAUUAGGAGCACCAGCUGAUGGUACCGGUACAGAUUUCACACCUCCCUUUCCAGCCUAUGUAUCUGGCCAUGCAGCAUUUGGUUCGGCUGCUUUUCACACACUUCGACUAUUUUACAACAGAGACGAUAUUCAAUUUCAAUUUCAAUCAGAUGAAUAUAAUGGAAAAACCAAGGAUUCGAAUACUGGACUUGUGCGACCAGCGCUAACUCGAAGUUAUCGAUCAUUAACAGCAGCCGAAAUGGAAAAUGCUAUUAGUCGAAUUUAUUUAGGUGUACACUGGCGUAGUGACGUUGAAAGAGGAAUGAUUCUUGGCAAAGAUAUAGCAUUGGAAGUGUUUCGAAAACUCAUUUGA